UUUUUUGACGCCGAACCGCUGCUGCGCUGCGCCCGAGUGCAAGUUCUCUGUACCGGGGAAGCGCGCCGGCGAGAGCGUAAACUACGUACGGGACUACGACUCGCGACCGACUUCCACGACCGCGGACUACCGCAUGUACGAGGUCCGACACCACGAGAACGCCUGCCCCCUCGCGCAACAGGUCAGUUCGAAAAGGUGGCCGGCCACCGCGUUGGCAGACACUGACCUAAACGUCACGGGGGAAGUGCGCCGCGCAGUAGAGGCGUGCACAGGGGAGCUCGAUAAGAAGGGGAAGCCCACCGAGAUUGCGAAACUGAUCGACUUCACCGGACAGGCGAACAUCCUGCGCGAGAUCGAGACGCCGGAGCAGCCUGUGCAGGACCUUCAGGCUGAGUACUGCGAUAUUGUUAAGGAAGUCUGUAACUGGCCGGACUUCGACAUCACGCCAGACCUCCCGAACCUGCCCGAGCUGUACGCGGACUCGACACUGCCCCGCCCGCGUAGCUGGCGGAUCCGCGAGAUUCGGUGUGCGUGCAUCCCCUGUCUUCGAUCAAACUCGCUGAGGCCGAAGAAGCUUGGCUCACUCCGCCUGGCGUUCAUCCACAUGCGCGCCAACCAGCAGCAAGCCACUGAGGAAAAGUUUGCGGCGGCGUUCGCGCCCCCGCCCCCGCCACAGCAGCCACAAAGACCGCUCCCAGGGCGCAAGCACAACGACCCCCCGCCGCGGGUCAAGCAGGCACUCGAGCUGCGGGGGGCGAGUAAGGCCCUCCCGCCGGGGGUCACUUACAACAAGAAAACACAGAAACUGCUCGUGACGGUCCGGGUGAAAAUGGACGACGAUGGGGAGACCUACCCACUAAGCAAAGUGGUCGACCCGGAACUGUCCGCCACUGCCGAGGAGGCGCUGGAGGCCGCACAGCAAGCCCGCGCGGACGUGCUUGCGAACUACCGCGAGCGGGUCGACGUCAUCCGGGCGCAACGUGCGCAGCGAGCUGAGGCCCCCACCCCGCCGUUCGGGGGUCUCGCACAGUGAAGUCGAAGAAAGGAAAGAAUCUGUUCUGAAAUGGAAAUCAAGAGGUUCUUCACGUUGAAGUUCCUCAAAUAGACUCCUCAUUUUGAGUAGAAGUCUCGCGUACAACGCGAACACUGUAAACUGUAAACUGUAAAAGGGAGAAAGAGGUAAACUGAAGCUUUUUGCUUUUCGUUUCAGAUCAUCAAUACCACCGGGCCUCCAUUGAGGAAUGUCCCUAGCAUGUUGCAGUAGAAGCGCGUUUUGAACAUUGCUUUCAAUUUUUUUAUUUGCGUCUUUUUUCAUAUAUCAUUUCCUUUCAUUCCGUACUCUUACUUUUUUCUUUGUUUCGCAUUUUGAGUUUUUGUUCUCUAUCUACUUUUUGUUCCGUUCUCUUUCUCAUUUGUUUUCUUUACCGACACAAUUUUCAGAUUUUGAUUUUCAGUUUUAGGUACUUGCUUUCAAACCAGUAUCGUAAUUCCCAACGGCGAAAGAUGCAACAACGGUUGUCGACACCUGCGGCGCGGUAGCGCUAUCGGGCAAUCGCAGCCCUGAACUUUCGAGAAAUUUUUAUCGCUGAAGUAGAGAGUAGUUCAGGACAAAGCAUUGCGUCGUAUUCAAUUUCUAGAGCACUUUCACCAGAAAUCACACCCGCACCCUCGGGGUGUCAGCAUGUAUCCCAAUGCCAGAAAAGAAGGUAAUGUAAGAUCUUGGCGUAUUGAAUUUCAAAAGUUUCACCAGAAUUAAUCACACCCGCCCCCUUGGGGUGCCCGCAUGUAUCCCAUGGCUACAAAUAGGAUUGAGCUAGAAUGUAGUUUUUGCAUUAUCCGCGAAGCGAAGUACGAAGCAAGUGGCCGCUACGCUGUGUGCUUCAUUAUGCUUGCGCAAAAGAGAAGAUGAGCACGGUUAUUUAUUCUGUUGUUACGUAGAGUUGUGUGUUUGCGCAUCAACAAACCGCCGUUACCAACGUGCGAUCAUCUCAGAGUUUGUAUUUCGCGUAUCGCACAAGAACUGCAGUAAGCUAAUCUUCUAGCAAGUAGUGCGUUUUUUCCUUUCACUCUUCAGUAGUUGUACCCCCACCCCUAAAGAGGACAGGGCGGUCGUGCACCACUCUCUAGUGCGCUAGUACAAUUACUAGCGCAGUCAUCACAUAGAAACCGCCAGAAGCUUUGCGCGGAGUACUUGCAUCAAGCCAGACCGCAAGGCGGCACGAGAACCUUCAAUAAAGCUUGCGCCUCUUCUUUUUUGUCCGUGUCCGUCCCCAAGUUGUACAUUCAGAUGCAAGGAGUGAAAGAAAACAUUCGCCGGGCACAAAGACGAAUCGAAAUCCAAUCGAUGUAACCCCAUUCUAUCAUCGUGCGGACCGAGGAACAACUCAAGAAUAUUCAUAGGAGCAUCCCCCAGCGCUUUUAAGUAUCGAGUUCCGUCUGUCGUUGUAG